AUGAUCGCCUUCAACACCAUCGUCGCAUUCCUCCUCUCCAUCUCAUCUGUUACCACUGCCAGUCCAACAGAGCGCCAGGCACCCACCUACCUCAACUGGAAGACCUUUAAAGCCAACGGCAUCAACCUUGGUGGAUGGCUUGCCCAAGAAGCCGUUAUUGACCCAGCCUGGUGGUCGCAGAACUGCGGUACCACGACUGAUGAGUGGACCUGCUGUGCCAAACUGGGAUCGCAAUGUGGCCCUGUACUAGAGCGUCGCUAUGCUACGUUCAUAACACCCGCCGAUAUCGACAAGCUAGCCACUGCUGGUGUGAACGUCUUGAGGAUCCCCACAACCUACGCUGCAUGGGUCAAGGUUCCUGGCAGUAACUUCUACAGCGGCGGCCAAACUCGGUUCUUCAAGAAUAUCGCAUCUUACGCAAUCGCAAAGUAG